UUGACAGCGCUGUUGAGAAGGCUCAGGAGGAGAAUUGUUGGGAAGACGAAGGCUGCGGGGCGACACUUUCACGCUAUCGUCGCGUAACUUGCCGCAGAUGUUGAUCGACUAUUAAAAAAAAGUCAAAUCGAUCGACCAGGAGGAGGAACGCUGCAUGACCUUGCUUUGAAUGUCACCAUAAACCGACAAAAAAGGAGAGAAAAGAUCGCCACGGUCAAGGUCAUCAGACAUGGAGAUCGUCACACACUUGAUUAAUGACACCAUAGAAUUCUACAAGUGGACCUUAACCAUCGCAGACAAACGAGUGGAGAAAUGGCCGCUAAUGGACAACCCCCUGCCCACGUUGGCCAUCAGUACAUCUUACCUGCUGUUCCUCUGGCUGGGCCCCAAAUACAUGAAAAACAGGGAGCCUUUCCAGCUCCGCAAAACCCUCAUUGUCUACAACUUCAGCAUGGUCUUCCUUAAUUUCUUCAUCUUCAAAGAGCUGUUUAUGGCAGCCCGGGCGGCGAGAUACAGUUACAUCUGUCAAUCAGUGGACUACUCGGAUGACCCCAAUGAAGUCAGGGUUGCAGGAGCGUUGUGGUGGUAUUUCGUCUCCAAAGGCUUCGAGUACCUGGACACUGUAUUCUUUAUUCUGAGGAAAAAGUUCAACCAGGUCACUUUCCUGCACGUCUACCAUCACUGCACCAUGUUCACGCUCUGGUGGAUCGGCAUCAAAUGGGUGGCAGGAGGACAGUCUUUCUUUGGUGCACACAUGAACGCAGCAAUCCACGUCUUAAUGUACCUUUACUAUGGCCUGGCUUCCUGUGGUCCCAAGAUUCAAAAGUAUCUGUGGUGGAAGAAGUACCUGACCAUCAUCCAGAUGGUCCAGUUUCACGUCACUAUUGGCCACACCGCCCUGUCCCUUUACGUCAACUGCGACUUCCCCCACUGGAUGCACUACUCCCUCAUCUGCUACGCCAUCACCUUCAUCAUCCUCUUCGGCAACUUCUAUUACCAGACCUACCGCCGCCAGCAGCCCAGGCGUGACACCUCCUUUUCCAAAGCUAGCAAGGCCAUCUCUAACGGGGCCCUCAAUGGACUCAGCAAGGCCGCCAAUGGUGCAGUGGCGGCAGGAAGUAAAGACGACAAAGCCCAGGAAAACAGCGCCAGGAGAAAGAGGAAAGGAAGAGCAAAAAGAGAUUAGAUGACGAAGGGUAAGGUUGACAUGCUUUGAUUUAUUGGAUUUUAGUAGAAGAGGAAGGAUGGAUGAGGUCGAGUACGAUGUAUUUAUUUAAAGCCAUGAUCUGAGUUGAUGUACGUAUAUGAUGAGACCAACUGGUGUUUGAGAGAGCGUCACACAGAGGUCACUCGGUUCACAAAAAAGGCCAAUCUAAGAAUUACUGCUCUUAAUUGAGUUGCCAAGUGGUGUAGAUCAGCUGAGAAAUUAACAUCAAAUUCUCCAGAUAUUGCUGGAAAUCAAAAGAUUUACUGAGACAGGAACACACAUACUGUAAGCCAGUGUUUCCCAACCUUUACUGAGCCAAGGCCCACAUUUUACAGGAGAAAAAUAGACCAAAAAUGGCGUUAAAAUGGCAACAGAUAUCGGCUACACAGGAAGCGGAAGCACAUUUGGCCUACUACGAUACUCGCUGGACUAGCUAGAUGAACACAAAUACAUUAUUUGCAGUAAAAAUAUAGUAACUACCAAUUCAGUGAAAUAAAGCAAUUUGCCGCGGCGCCCCUUAUGAUCUCGGUGCGGGGUUGCACAGUGGUUGGGAAUCACUGCCGUAAACGAAUAAUCACGUCUGUUUAAUUUCAAACUGGCUCAUCCACAUGUAUAAAGCUGAUCUUCUUGUUGUUUGUCAGUCAUACAGGUGAGAUACUGUAUGAUAAUCCUGGAGCAACAACAACCGCUCUUUACACGACAUAUUUGUCAGUCCCUCCAGAAAUUCUCGCGCCAAUUCACGCAAAUUAUGCGCGGCCUGGCAUUUUUGUCCAAUGUUAGCAACUUCCCCCGCCCAUUUUAGCCAAUAAGUGUCAUUUUGGCCAAUAGAACUUGUCUCUGAGUGGUACGUCAACUGUCUUAUCAAAACGUAUGUUUGUUUCUUGUGUAGACGAAGCUGGAACAGCAACGUGUGACAAUAUUUUAACUCUUUAUUGCUCUAACAUAGUAUUUCUCAAAUAGUGGGGUGGAGAACAUGCUUUUUUUGCCGUACCAGAAUAUGAUGAAGCGUAUGGAGCACUUGGCUUCACUGUAACCACGGUGGGAGAGGAGGAACGACCGGUGUGUUGUUUCCUUUAAUGUUAAUAAGCUUACCAUGUUAUGCAGAGGUAUAGUUAUAACAAUUUUAUAGACAAAUUAUACUAUUUAUAGUCGCGGUGGAGAGUGGUGGGGGCGCAAAAUAUUUUCUUCUUCCAAAGGGGAGCGUAACAGAAAAUAAUUGAGAAACACUAACAAAAUAAUUGUUGUCCACCCGCAUAGCUAAGAUCUAAUUACAACUCCUGUCUACUGUGCUAAGGCAAUGUAGUGUAUACUGUAAACAUUUUCUUCAUAGUUUACAUGUAUUAGCUAAAGGUUUAUUUAUCCAGGGUAAGACAAUGAAGAACAGAUUUUAAUUUGAAAAGGUGACCGACCAAAGAGGUAGCCUUUACAUGUUAGAGAUGUUGAAGUGUGACGAUAACACAAGACAAACCCUUUUCAAGCGUAAAACAUUGAGAGGGUGACAGAGCAGACAGCGGCCAGUAAUGAAACCUUUGGUGGUGUUUAUUUAUUUAUGUAUUUUAUUGAUGUUUCUUACUCUCAUUAUUAGUUAUACUUAGUUAAAACAGUACAGUAAUUUGACAAUGAGCUCUGAGUGUUUGCUUUUACUACCAUCUAAUGUACUUGUAAGUCUGUGUGGUAUAAAACAGGUAAAGCAUCAAUCAAAUUUGUUUUCCAAUUUUUGUAGAAAUAAUGUACUUUUUUUAAUUAAAGUUACAAGGAAGACUUAACAUUGAUUAUAGAUUCAUUAAUAUCAAAGGUUGAUUCAAUAUUAUUGAAAAAAUACAGCUCAAAACAACGUAACUUUCUAAAAAAGCUGCAGAGAAUUCAUGCAUUUUAGGCCGCAACAAUCACAAAAAAAUCCUGAAAAAUCCUGGAGGGACUGAUUUAUGUUUUCAAUGUGCUGUAUGUCAUCUCAAUGUUUGUCUUUGCAACGAUUCACUUAGUAGUAAAGAUGAAGGAAAUCAGUAUAAAGUGGCGAGUUGUAAGUGACAAUAGGAAUAAUUUAUAAUCCUUUUGGACUUGGAUGUGAUUGUUUCGGUAAAUAUGGACAGGUCAAAAAUUGAUAUAACAGUGUAAUAUAUUCUAUUUAUGUAUGCACUCUAGGUUUUGUAUGUCUCUACUUGUGUGUCAUGUGGCAAUGUGGACCUGAUAUGUCAUUCUCCAAAUACCCCCAUAUGUUGACUGUAAAAGAUGUUUGUGCCUGUCUUUUUCUAUUUCAAUGAACAUGAUAUUGUCCGAGGUCAUCACUUGCCUCACACCCUGGUGAAAAUGUGUGCUCAACCAAACUGUUAUUGUUUUUAAAUGUAUGCAAAGCUAGCUCACAAUUUAUUUUUAAUCAACUCUUAAAUUUCUCCUUUUCUUAUUUUUUUGUUUACAAGCUUUGUCUAUGUCUCGUGCUGCCUUUGAAUGUAAAGACGCCAUGAAACUAAUAACUGAUUGAAAAAAUAAUUGAUAUAAAACAAACAGGGCUGUUAAACUGCUACAGUGUACAACUGCUUUGCCUGUAGUAUAUGAAAUGUAAAUCCAUGUAAUUAUCCGAUUUUUCACCCACAGCUGCAUUAGUUUUUUUUAUUGGUUGUUUUGAUAUAUUUUUGCUUGAUAAACGCUUAUCUUUUUUAUGAUCUCUCUGAGAAAGCUUGUCGUGGAUUUGUGUUGUACAUAUUACAUUGUGAUCUUUUGUACUCUAGCAUUUAAGAACGCUCCCGGCUUGUUGGCUUGGACAUUUAAAUGUCCACAUUGCUUAUGUGUGAUUUUUAAAAAAUAUAUUGUAAAAUUGAACUCUCUUAAAAUUAAAGUAAAUGCCUGAAUAAAGUUUGACUUCAUUUUUUUU